CCAAUCCUUUUAGGCAAUUGGAAUCGUUUAGCCAAUUGACUUAAUCGAUUCCGAAUUGGCCUAUAUUUCCACCCACACAUUCCCCAUUCGGGAGUUGCAUCAGGGCCGGGCUGGCGGUUAUUUUGGUCUCGUGACUGCGUAAAGACAUGACGAGGCGCCAUGAGAUCACCGAUUCUCAUUAUUGGCCAAAUGGGGAUAUGUUCGCUCAUGACAAAAAAGCAACCGUCGCGCAUGUGCAAUUGUCCCGUCGUCUUGACCGCCAUAUUUAUUGCUUUUAUGGAUCUUAACGAGCCGUUUUCAGUGGAGUCUUUUAUAGUUAAUGCCUUUAUAAUCAAUCGGCAUACGACAUGGCUGCAGCAGGAAAUUUCAGUGAUAUGCAAUUCACUUUGAGUAAUGGGGUCAAGAUGCCAGCUGUAGGAUUAGGAACAUAUCGUAUUCGUAACAACGAGGUUCUUUACAAGGCUGUUGAUAAUGCAUUAGAAGCUGGAUAUCGAUUAUUUGACACAGCUGCUGUUUAUCAAAAUGAACAAUACUUAGGUAAUGCAUUGCGUGAAUUAUUACCAAAAUAUGGACUCACUCGUCAAGACAUCUUUAUCACAACAAAAUUAGCUCCAUCUGAUCUCGGAGGAAACGUUUCUAAGGCAUUUAACACAUCCUUAGAGAAUUUGGGCCUGGAGUAUAUAGAUUUGUACUUGAUCCAUUUCCCGGGUGCUUCCAGAAUUCAUGCACAAAAUUCUAAUAAUGCAGCAUUACGAAUCGAAACAUGGAACGCCUUCACCAAACUUUAUGACCAAGGUAAGGUCAGGGCGAUCGGCGUGUCCAAUUUUACAGUCAGACAUUUAACAGAAUUAGCUAAGGCUGCGACUGUGGGACCUAUGGUGAAUCAGGUUGAAUGGCAUCCCCACUAUUACCAAUCGGAUUUACAAGAGUAUUGUAAAGAUCAUAAUAUACUUCUUCAAGCUUACUGCUCUUUCGGUGGUUUGGCAGUAAACAACAACUCAUUAAUCGAAGACCGUGUGGUGGUAGACAUAGCAGCUAAGUAUAACGCCACUUCUGCCCAAGUUCUGCUUGCAUGGGCUCUGCACCGAGGCGUAGCUGUCAUUCCCAAGUCGACCACUCCACACAGAAUUAAGGAGAACAUACAAUUGAAUUUCAAAUUGUCUGAGAAUGAUCUUUCACAGAUUGAUAAACUCGGCGCUGUAAAUUGCAAAUAUGCUUGGGACCCUAACCCCGUUGCUUGAAAGUGUAGUACGACAUCAAAAUUUUCAUUUGGAUUUUUAAGGUUUAUGAUAAAUGCAAUGGUAUCAAAGGUUAAUUCAUUAUGAAACAUUAGCAGUACCUACAGGUUUAAUUAUUGCAUUUAUUUUUUUAGAAUUUAAGUAUUAAUUUUAUGUACCUACUGUUGCUCUUUUAAUAGAUAUUUAAUUUUAAAACUGGGCUAUAACUUCCUUUGGGGAUGUGGGCUCGUGGUCUGUGUGGUUUAUGAUAUAAUUACAUUUUAUGUUAUAUACGAGAUGGUCAGAUAUAAGUGUUACUAUGGUACCUUAUCAAUAGCCGCUAUGUAUUUUUGCAACAUUAUGAAUUGUUAUGUGAAAAAACUCUGGUUUCUUUUA